AAAAUCAAACUACACAUUAGUCAACACGUAAUUCUCAAAAGGUGCACGGUGAUUGGUUAUAUGAGGAAUGGCCCUUUUUGGCCUCUCCUUGUCCAAAACGACACCUUUGAUAACCAAUCUUCCUCAUCAGCCAUCGGAAAAUGUCCAACGCGCCUCUACAUUUCUCAUGCCUAUAACAGAUCUCACUCUUAGGCGAAUCUCGACCGUCAAUUUGAUCCGAUUCAAUCACCCUAAAUCUCUAUCUGGCCCUAAUUUCGCUGCACUUAAAACCCCGAUGGCCGAUAAAGAAAAUAACAAAAGCACCAUAGAGUCAACGAUGGAUAACAAGAGCACCGUAGAGUCAACAACGAAUAACAAAACGGAAACGGAGAAGAAUCAGGAGAAAUCAACGGUUGCGAUUCCACCACCGCCGGAAAAGCCGUUGCCAGGGGAUUGUUGUGGGAGUGGAUGUGUUAGAUGCGUGUGGGACAUGUAUUAUGAAGAACUUGAGGAAUACAAUCAGCUUUACAAGAGUAAUCCAGAUGUUAAGCUUUCUUAGAUUUGUUUGGGGAAUAUAUAUUCAUCUCGGUUCAUAUGAAUUGUUGUUUGCUGUAUUCAUUAAAUUGUUUAUUUACAAGCAGGGGAGAUGUUGUAGACGAAGUGAGAACUUUGUAAACUUCACCUUUGUACUCUUGACCAAGUUGUUCUUUUUCUA